UAUAGAUUGGCUUCUGGCUCGUACUAACUAGUCGCGAAUUAAGAAAUGGCUUCAAAGCAGGAUCCUGAGAGAGCAAAGAUCCAGAAAUGGCUCGAAGAAUUCCACGCCGCCUCCGCCACCCUCUCCGCCUCGCACUGGUGCAACAACUUCUUCUCGCCAUCCAUCGUCCUGCAAUUCGGCAACAAUCCCCCCGUACAAGGCCUGGAAAGCGUCCGUGACACGUUCUUUCCGCCGCAGCUCGCCCGCUUGGACCUGAUGGAACAUUACGUCGAGUAUUUCGAUUAUGUGGCACCCAGGAUCUACCAGGCCGCGCGGAUCAAGUAUCGCGUCAAAGGCGACGACCCGAGUGGCAAGGCGGAUGUAGAGAUUCCGGGCUUUGCGACGUUCUAUGUCAGGGAGAGAGGAGAGGAUGAUGGAGCAUUGGGUGACGGAGCGAAUACGGGAGGACUAAUUUGCUACCGGAUGGAAACGUUCAUCGACACGAGGCCGUUGGAGAAGAGGAUGCAGGAAGUGCUUGAAGGUAACGAAGGCAAAGGCGAUUGAGGAGGACCGUGUGAAGCGAGCAAUAACCUCCAGUAGGCGCUACCAUAAUCAGCCAGAUACAUGAUUGCAUCUCCAAAACAAGAAAAAAAGGCUUCAUCACAACA